GUCACUUCCGGUGGCCCCGCGACCCCUGCGCUCCGCAGGCAUGCGCGUCAGCUCGCGAGGGAAGGCGUCCGGGCGCCGGAGCGUCUCCUCCUCCCCGACCCCUGACCCGCCACCCUUCAGCCGGGGCCCCGAGGGCCGCGUCCCGCCACCAUGGCCAAAUACCUAGCUCAGAUCAUCGUGAUGGGGGUGCAGGUGGUUGGAAGGGCCUUUGCCCGGGCACUCCGGCAGGAAUUUGCAGCCAGCCGGGCAGCAGCAGAUGCUCGUGGGCGAGCCGGUCAUCAAUCCGCAGCCGCAUCUAACCUUUCUGGACUUAGCCUUCAGGAGGCCCAGCGGAUCCUCAAUGUCUCCAAGCUGAGCCAAGAGGAAAUCCAGAAGAACUUUGAUCAUUUAUUUAAGGUAAAUGAUAAAUCUGUGGGUGGCUCCUUCUACCUGCAGUCAAAGGUGGUGCGAGCUAAGGAACGAUUAGAUGAAGAGCUCAGAAUCCAGGCCCAGGACGAGAGUGAGAAAGGGCAGCAGCCCAAAACGUGACCUCUUAUCCUCACCUAUCUUUGCCUCAGUGUGAAUUAUUUAUAGCUCGGUAAUAAAUAUCUUUUCUGCAAUUU